GAAAGAGUGGGUGGGAGACAGAUAAAGGAAAGGGGAAUCGCACAGACAGAGGAAAGAGCGGAAAGAGUCAAACAAAAACAAACAAAAAAAAAACAGAAAAAAAAAAAAGUGUCCAUUGCAUCAGUUGGAUUUUCUUUUCCAGAGCACCGAUGUUGGAGCACUCCUCUGAGCUGGCCCUGGUGCAGAGUCUGUAUGCCAACAGCAUGCGCUGCCCCCCCUCUGCGGCCGGGAUCUCUGUCAGGAAUGAGGACCUGUCUAUGAGCAACGGGAGCAAGAUGAAUGGGUCACUGGAGCACAUGGACCAGCCCGACCCCGACGCAAUCAAAAUGUUUGUGGGACAGAUUCCCCGGUCCUGGACGGAAACAGAACUAAAAGAACUUUUUGAGCCCUUUGGACCCGUGUACCAGAUCAACAUCCUCCGUGACCGGACUCAGAAUCCUCCUCAGAGUAAAGGAUGCUGUUUUGUAACUUUUUAUACAAGAAAAGCUGCACUGGAGGCCCAGAAUGCACUGCACAACAUAAAGACCUUAAGUGGGAUGCAUCAUCCUAUCCAGAUGAAACCUGCUGACAGUGAGAAAACAAGUGCAGUGGAAGACAGAAAACUGUUUGUGGGAAUGGUUUCGAAGAAAUACGGCGAGAACGAGGUCAGAAUGAUGUUCUCGUCUUUCGGGCAGAUCGAAGAAUGCCGAAUUCUCCGGGGACCGGACGGUCAGAGCAGAGGCUGUGCGUUUGUCACAUUUGCUACCAGGGCAAUGGCACAGAAUGCAAUCAAAACCAUGCAUCACUCUCAAACUAUGGAGGGUUGUUCUUCACCUUUGGUUGUAAAGUUUGCUGACACCCAGAGGGACAAGGAGCAGCGGCGCCUGCAGCAGCAGCUCGUGCAGCAAAUUCAGCAGCUUAACAACGCCUCCACCUGGGGAAACCUGGCAGGGCUGGGAACCCUGACACCGCAGUAUCUAGCGUUGCUCCAGCAGGCGACAUCAACCAGUAAUCAAAGCAGUUUCAAUGGCAUUCAGAGGCUAGGAGCAGGUGUGAAUCCUCUUCAGCUGCAAAACCUGGCCACGUUGGCUGCGGCCGCAGCUGCAGCCCAGAGCUCUGCCAGCCCGACUUCAACCAGCGCUCUGUCAACCAGCAGCGCAGCCCUGGGGGCUCUCGCCAGUCCAGGUUCAACAGCAGGGUCCAGUGCUGGUGCUGCCAUGAACACCCUGGCCUCUCUGGGCACACUGCAGAGUCUUACUGGCACCUCUAUGGGCCUCAACAACCUUAAUGCUCUCACUAGCGGUGUCAGUGGUAUGGGGGCCAUGAACGGAGGCCUGGGAGCCUCCAUGGCCAACGGCUCGGCUGCAAGUUCCAUGGAUGCACUGACACAGGCCUACUCAGGGAUGCAGCAGUACACGGCCUCAGCCCUGCCCUCCCUCUACAGCCAGUCUCUGCUGCAGCAGAGCGUGGCUGGCAGUCAGAAGGAAGUAGGGCCAGAGGGCGCCAACCUGUUCAUCUACCACCUGCCGCAAGAGUUCGGGGACCAGGAUCUUCUGCAGAUGUUCAUGCCUUUCGGAAACGUGGUCUCUGCCAAAGUCUUUAUUGACAAACAGACCAAUCUGAGCAAAUGCUUUGGGUUCGUCAGCUAUGACAAUCCUGUCUCCGCGCAGGCUGCCAUUCAGGCCAUGAACGGUUUCCAGAUCGGCAUGAAGAGGCUGAAGGUUCAGCUGAAGCGCUCCAAGAACGACAGCAAGCCCUACUGAUCCUUGCCUGGGGCCUCCCCACAGCUCCCUCCCCAGCUCAGUUCUAGCACUGCUAGGGUAAGUUCACCCUCCUGCCAAGGUCACCACAGCAGAGACUCAGGGGGGGGUCAAAGGGGACAGGAGCCCACCACAGGAGGAAGACUCACCCUUUUCCUUAAAUGAAAAGAAAAACAAACGAAAAAAAAAAAGGUUGCUAAGAUCUCUCCACGUUUUUGCUGUAUUUCAUUCCUGCGGUUUUUAUUAUGUACUUUUGAGUCUGAAAUAUUUUAAUGUAUAUGAUUAUUUAUGACUAUCACUGGAGUCAGUGUUUGCUGGAGGUAUUUUGUGUCACUGUAUUUAGUGGAGAGCAUCAGAUGUGUUUCCAUGCCACUUCAUUGCCUUCAGGUCAAGUGAGCCAGGUUGACUAAGGAUCAGUCGUUGUUGUUGAAGGGCUGAAGCGAGGCCGCACAGACCCUGAGCCAGAGCUGCAACCUGCUUUUCACUUCUCAUCUGUAGUCUGUCUCAUGUUGUGUCGUCGUUGUCGUGAAUAUCUAGCAGUCUUUUCUGUUUCCCCUCUUCUGUUUUUUUUUUUUUGUCUGUUUACAUUCAUUGCCUAAGCCAUUUUAAGCUAGGCUACCUCUUUUUUCCUCUAUUAACAACCUCCUCCAGUCAUUCCAUCCAUCCUCCAAGUCUCCCACAAGGGACUGGGCUUUAGAUGGAUCUCUUUCGGUGCCAAGUAUAAAAGUAUGUGCAUGCCAGAGUCUGCCAUAGUCCUAGUGAUGUCACUUCUGUAAAUCGGUGUGUUGUUUUUUUGUGUGUCGGGAGAGAGGGGGGGGGGACGUGUUUACCCUGCUGUCCUUGCUGUUACGUGGUGACUUGCAUUAUUUUUUUUGUUGUUUAUUGUGCCUCAUGGCUAAAAAAAAAUUUCUUGUGCUGUGCCCCUAACUUUCUCUUCUCUCCUCUUUGUCCUGUCUCUCCUCUCUCUCUCUCUCUUCGUGUUUUUGUUCCUUUUUUAGAACAAAUCUCCAUGCCUGUUUGCUCAUCAUUAGCCUAGCAUGUCUUCAUGAUGUUGAAAGCCAAGCCAAACCCCCUCUCCCUGGCCUCAUCAUCCCACCAUUGUCUGUGAUGUCUCUCUAAGCUCGCCUGACCAAUACCCGGCCACCCACUGACCCUGACCUUAGCUCAACCUGAUUUUUCUGCAUGUAUGAUCAUGUUUUUCUUUUGUUUUUUUGUUGUUUUUUUUUCUCGCUUUUUUCUAUAAGAAAAUGUGACGGGCAGGAGAGAGGUCAAGCAUAUUAAUGUGAAAACUUAGCUGCAAUGAUUUCAUUGAAGAGACGUUUUUGUUUUUCUGUUAAUAUUUUAAAAACCUGUGGGAUUUCUAAUUUUUAAUUUAGCUAUGUAUUUUCUUUUUACCUCUCUCAGUAAUAGUUCACUUGAAAGUUGAAUACAGGGAUUGGCACACAUAUGUGCUAUUUGGUGCCAUUAGCAAUAUUUUGGCUUCUUAAAAAAAAAAAAAAAAAGAUCCUACAGACCACUUUUCCAACAUUUUUUUCCAAAGUCUGGCAAGUAAAAGUUGCUCUCGGCGAUUUGUUUCGAUCUCUACAUUAUGUGGGCAGUGUGACGAUUUACAUCAAGGCUAUUUAAAAUAUUUUCUUUUUUCAUUUACAAAAAUGAGUGUAUUUACCUUUUUAUUAAACUAUCAAUGGCACAAUAAAAGGUACAUUUGCUCUGCUGAGAGAAAUGACUACCUACAUGAGUCAACUUUUUUAGAACUGAUUCACAAAUAGACAAUCUGUGGUUUAAAUGCACACUUAGAUUACCUAUAUUUUGUACCAUUGAAUCUAUAGAGGUUUAACUAACAACCCAGGCACAACUUUGGGUUUUUUGUAGAUUUUUGUUGUAUUGUCAUCUAUGUUGGGGAGUGGGAGGGGGGAGUGUUUUCAGUUUAUUAGUCUUUUUUUCUUUUUCUUUAAAAAAAGGACUAAAAUUUGAGUUUGGUGACCAUUUGCGGGUCAUUUGUAGUAAAUUUAGUAAAAUUCUGGUUUAAUUAAAAAUGACAUCUGGUUUGAGAAUUUUAAGGGUCAAAUUUUGAGGCUUAAUUUUAUUUUAAAUUUUUUUCCUGUUUUAUAAAGUGUUCGACUUCAAAGGUACGUCUUGUUGACUCUGUGAAUUUAUUAAUUUUUUUUUUUUUUCCAUUACUAACUUAAUCGAUGGAUGUUUCACUUUGGUUUCGUUUGGAUUGCCUCAUGUUUGAAAAAUGAUUUAAAAUGUCUGUUAAUCAUCCAUGGACAAUGUUUUAAUUUUUUUUUGGUUGUUGAAGUGCCCAUGUGUCAAACUCUUGUUUUUGAAUACACAACUUUUUGGAGGGUUUAUUUGCUGUAAUAUCUAGUUUUUCUUUACACACACACACACACACACACACACACACACACACACAUACAGGCAACACUUAAUGUGGUUGCAUCAGUGGGAGCCCCUGAAGAGGAGAUCACUUGGACAAAAACACAACCUGUGGGUCUCUGCACAUUUUAGACACACGUUUGCUUUUUAUCUAACCUGUUUGCUGUUUUCUGAUUUUGUUUCUCGCAUGGCACAUUUGAAAAGCUCCACCACUUUAGUGUUGGGAUACAAAUACAUUCCAUUAUUCUGCACCAAGUUUACACUUUUUUAUCAGGGUGAAAUUUUCUCUCUUGUGCUACACAUUGUUAAAACAACCCUGCUAAAGAAAAAACCACUUCACCCACCCUCCACCCCUUAAAAAGAAAAAAAAGUUAAAGAAAAAAAAGGGUUCCUAAACAAACUGCUUACCUGGUGGCGCUAAAGAGUUGUCAACUCAGGGGUUUUUAUGUGUUUAAAACUUCAACACGCAGGAUUACGACACAAAAUGCACACUUUUCUCACCAUUUUGAAUCUUUUUAAGUUGGGAUUUUUUUUUUUUGUUUGUUUCCUUUUAGUAUAACCCAAAAAUAUAUAUAUUAAAAAAAAAAAAAAAACCAAAUUUGCAACAGCGCUCAAGAAAAGUGUUCUAGUUUUGUAAGGAAAUGUGAAGCACAAUUGUGGGAGCUAAACACUUUGACAGAAUGUGGUGAGUGUGUGUGAUUUUGAUCCAAAAUUUUCAAGGUACCACUGAUUUCUCUUUUAAUAUGGGCAUGUGCUUUUUACAGUGUUUUUUCUAUCCAAAUGCAAUACAAUAUUCAAAGUGCCAUAUAUAAAUAUAUGUCUAGAAACUGCCUACACUUGUUAUUAGGCCUUGGUUUACAAGUUGCUGCAGUUUGCCUUUUUUUCCAUUUAAUUUGUUUUUGUUUUGUUUUUUUCUGGUCUGUUAAUGCCAGUGUCAUAAAGCUCUUUGUUACCUGCUAAUAUCCCCACUUCCCCCCCCCCCCCCCCUUCUCUCUCUCCCUCUUUCUCUGUGCUGCGUUAUUGGUAAAUGUGUUUUGUGAUGUACUCGAUUUGAACAGUUGGUUUUUAAAAAAAAAAAAUGUAGAUAAACAAUAAACUUCCCAAUACAUUUGAAGGUUAAGCGUCUCAGUGCGUAUUGAAACACUUUGUGAUGCCAACUGUGUUGUGAUCAUCUGGUUUUUUUUUCUGGGGGGCGGGGGGGGGUUGAAGUUGAAAAGCGAGCUAAAGCAUAAAAGUCAGCUGUGAGGGGUCACAUGUUAAGACAAUUAGAUCGCAGGUGUCUUGCAAAGUAGUUCAUGGUGUAUUACGUUUUAAAAAAAUCAAUAAAAACAAAAAAAAAAAAAGCACAAUGUAUAGUCAUAGCAGUCCCAACAGGAACUGGACUCACUUCAGGGGCUUCCAUCUCAAAUCUCCCAUCAGCUCUAACAAUCACUUUGACUCUUGCUGUUUCUCAUUUUGAAGUGCUUUUAUUUUCUUUUUUUUUUGUUUGUGUGUGGGUAGCUUUGCAUCUCUGUAGAUGUGUUGAUCUGGGGAAAAACAAGUUAAAGAAGAAAAAAAAACAACCUUAUUUUCUUGUCUACUAAUCAGUAGGACUUUAUUCAUGUUCCACCAAUAAUUUAAUAGAUGUUUCGUCUUGUCUCGAGGAAAGCCAAAGUGAGUGCAUCUUGAUGUGAGCUGUAUUAUACACACAGUAGAGUUUAUUUCUGUCCAAACUUUUGGAAAGAGGGUGGGAUUUAAAAAAAAAAAAAAACAAGAAAAAAAAAAGACGUAUACAGGCUGUCCCGAUUUCUACAACUGGUUGUUCAUAUGUAUUUUGUACCAGUGAAGCUUUUUAUAUUGGAAAUUAAAGGAAAAGGUAAAAAAAAAAAAAUCUAUAUUGAAAAGAAUAAAUAAAACAAAACAUGUCCGGCCUCUCAACGUGGCCUUGCCUUGACCAGGUCUUGAGUUUGGCCUUUGGCGAUGUCUAGCUUUGAUUUUUCUUUUUCUUUUUGUCCUGCUUUAGCCUCUAAGAUUAGUUUGAUUUUUACUCUCUACGUGGUCCUCACUUCGUUAAUCAGUUUCGGGGGAGGGUUGGGAUCCUCUAAUCGUGGUAAGUUUCAUGUUAGUGAUUGUGCUUUCCACAUAAUUUAAUGGUCAGGAUUUUUUGACAACCUGUGUGGAUAAUUGUCUUAGUUAAGAAGUUGCGUGUUUAGUUUAAAGCUUUGCUUUUUACUUGUGUAGUUUUUGUUUUCCUUCCCACCAUAGCGGAGUGUGUAGCUGGAAGAUUUUUUCGUUUUUUUUCCUUCUUUUUUUCGUUUUGAUCAGUGUUCGUUUGUGUGGUGUGUUUCUUUGCCUCUGUCUCGAAAUUAAACCAUUUCCCCUAAUAUGGA